AUAAAACUCGAUCCACAUGAGCCUCCCAGUCACAGUUUACCGGUUGCCUUCUGACCGACCGAUUGAUCGCUUAGCUGAGAAAAAUAAAAUUUCAAUAAAUUCUCAUUUGACUAAGUAGCAGUGGAUUACCAGGAUAAAUAGUUAAGAGGAUUAUAACUGAGAGACGACAACAGCAGGAGGGACAGACGUGUCGUUAAGUGCGCAUUUAAUUAAAAAUCAAAGAAAAAAAAACUAUUAAAAAAAAUUGUGAAAAUGUUUAAGUUUGUGUGUUUAUUUGCCUUGGUGGCGACCAGUGCCGCCUCCAGCGCCAAGCAAGUCUCCGAGACAGAUAGCCUCCUGACUAGCGCCCUUAAAAUGGUCAAGGAGUGUGGUGAUCGUUCAAUGGUUUUAUGUAUGAAGGAACGUGCGUUGCACUACUUCGACAAUGAAAAUGGUGAUGUCAAAUUGACCGAAGGCAUUUCGCUGAUAAAAACCGAUGACAUCCCAGUUGGACGUUCGCUAAGUGAUGCCGCCUUGCCCGAAGAACCAGAAGCGCGCGAAAAUGAGGUCGACGCUUUGUUGGUGGAGCGUGUGGCGAGAUUCUUCGGCACACAUACACUGCAAUUUAAAGUGCCCAAAGACUCAAUUCAGGAUAUGCAACGUGCGCUAGAAGAAUCUCGCGGCAAGAAAAAGGAAAAGAAAAAGUACCUCCUGCCAUUGUUGUUGCUCUUCAAACUGAAAAUGGCUGCACUCCUGCCACUUGCCAUCGGCUUCUUGGCAUUGAUCUCCUUCAAAGCGCUCGUUAUUGGCAAGAUUGCAUUACUACUGAGUGGUAUUAUUGGACUGAAAAAAUUGCUCGAAUCGAAGAAGGAGAACUACGAAGUCGUAGCACAUCCGCAUUACUCGCACGAGGAGCACGGCUAUGGACGUUCGCUGCACGAAGCGCAAAAAUUGGCCUACUCAGCGUAUCAAGAAUAGGAAAGCAAGGUUGGGAAAGCUAAAAAACGUAGAAGUUGAAUGUGGCUAAAAGGGAGUGCAAUAUGUAUAUCCUGAAAAAAAAAGAAAAACAAAAAACUUAACUUAAUUUUCUAAUUUAUUUAUUUAUUUUACUAUUUACAAUAAUUAAUUUAAAAUUUAGAACAUUUCUACGUUAAAGAAAAAAACAUGGCAGAGCGGGAGAGUAUAUAUUUGAGAGAAGACAAAUUACAUACAUAUGUAUAAGUACGUAAAUGCAUAUAUGCGGCACAAAAUUGUCACAAUACUGUUUUGAAAAAAAAAAAAUUAUUUAUUUAGUUACUCAAUAUUUUGCGUCACUUUCUAGCGCUGUUUUGAGCCAGAGCUCAGCAGAGUUGCCAAACAAAUUUAAAUGCAUGCCAUUUCUUUUUUAUUCAGCUCGCUCGCCUGCCUGCCUAACAACUCUCCUACUAAGUACUUAGACAUAAGUAUAGGCAGACUAUGAGCAUGCUUAGUUACAUACUUUUUACUAUGUACUAUACUAUUUCUGCGCUUAACUAGUUUAUGUAUUGUAUUAUUACUCUUUUCAACUUGUUGUCACCGCUUAUUGUGUUCUUUAUUAGAGUAAGUAUGUGUAUAUGUACAAACUUUCGUAAUACAUACUUAACUUUGUGCUUUAAUGCUUUAUGUAAUGAAGUCUCACCUAAUUUAUUUUAAACUCGCAAACAGACUGGCUUUAUGAUACUACCUAGCUGAAAAUUAAACGCAACUCGAAUGGAUGAACUUUACUUAAUUUAACUAGAGACUUUACUGAAUCUAUAACUAGUGCAAGCUUUUGAACUAUCAGCACCUAACAACAGUUCACCAAUUUCAGGAAAAAGGAAGCAACUCUUGCUUACUUAUAUCUCUAAAUUUGUCUCACAUAUAUACCCAUUUACACAAUAUGUAGUUUUACAGGAAUAUUCUUCUACCACUUUACUAUAACAAUUUUUUCGCCUAGUAAACACCUUCUAGUAUUUACAUACACACACACUUACAUAUAACUGUGAAAAGUACAAAACUAACAGAAACUACAUUUUUUAACAUUCACUAAGUAACACAAUAAUGAUGUUCUCUUAAAUAACUACAAUUAAUAAAAAAAAAUUGCUUACAUUAUGCAAUAGAAU